UACAUUCGCACAGAGAGGUAGGGUUUUGCGAGUCUCCAACUUGCACGCCACUAGCCUUGUGCGCCACGACCUGCUAUUAAAUUGCUCACUUUGAUGCUUUCUCUUCUUCCAGGAGUUCUUAAUAAGAGGAAGCGCUACGCCGUCGUCCUUGAUUCUCCACUUUUUGCAGCCUUCCGCCCGCUCCGCCGUCAGGAGCAGGGUAACCCGUUAUUUAUAGAACCGAUGGCAGCCGCUGAUGAUAAAAUUGGGGAUGUGGAGAACGAGAAGCGCAGUAGCGUGGUGCCGGAAGCGGCGGCACCGUUUGAUAUCAAUGACUUUAAAAUCAUUAAAGAAGGAGAGGCUGAGAUUCUGAUGCACGCCAAAAACGAAGUCUUUUACAACAAAGCGCAGGUGAAUAACAGAGACAUGUCGAUUGCUGUUUUGAGGACAUUUACAUCAAAGCGCCAGCAAGAACACGAAACAAAGUUGUCCAGGAAAAUGAGAAGUGGAUCCAAGGUCUCAGGGGAUGCUGAAGCUGAGGCCCCUAAAGAUACAGAAAUACAUGAUGGAGAAGCUAAUGGAGCAUGCAAAGCUUCUGAACAGGUAUCUCAGGAUGUACCUUGCAGCCUAACCGAACCUCCAUCAACGAACAAUGACGGAACAGGCCGGGGAGAACUCAAGCCACCUCGAGUCCUGGAGGCUCUGUCAGCUUCUGGGCUCAGAGCCUUGAGAUAUGCUCGAGAAGUUAAUGGAAUUGGUCAAGUAGUAGCCUUGGACAAUGAUAAAGCAUGCAUUGAGGCUUGCAGGAGAAACAUUAAAUUCAAUGGCUCAGUUGCAAGUUCAAAGGUGGAGUCACACCUUGCUGAUGCAAGAGUGUAUAUGCUCACCCACCCAAAGGAAUUUGAUGUGGUUGAUCUUGAUCCUUAUGGUUCACCCUCAGUUUUCCUGGACUCUGCUGUGCAAUCAGUUGCUGAUGGAGGCUUAUUAAUGUGCACAGCAACUGAUAUGGCAGUUCUCUGUGGGGCGAAUGGUGAGGUUUGCUAUUCAAAAUAUGGCUCUUAUCCAUUAAGAGGAAAAUAUUGCCAUGAGAUGGCGUUGAGGAUGCUUCUGGCAUGUAUUGAGAGCCAUGCAAAUCGAUACAAGCGGUACAUAGUCCCAGUGUUAUCUGUUCAAAUGGAUUUCUAUGUACGGGUUUUUGUUCGCAUAUUUACAUCUGCUAGUGCAAUGAAGAGCACUCCUUUAAAGCUGUCAUAUGUCUAUCAGUGCAUUGGCUGCGAUUCUUUUCACCUUCAGCCAGUUGGAAGGACUGUCCCUAAGAACAAAAGUGUGAGAUACCUACCUGGAUUUGGUCCUGUUGUUGGUCAAGAAUGUAGGGACUGCGGAAAGAAGUACAACAUGGGUGGUCCCAUAUGGUCUGCUCCAAUUCAUGAUAUGGACUGGGCAACUUCCAUUCUAUCAGAUGUGAAAUCUAUGAAGGAUCGGUAUCCUGCUUUUGAUCGGAUCUCUGCUGUGCUAACGACAAUUUCAGAGGAAUUGCCGGAUGUUCCACUCUUUCUGAGUUUGCACAACCUCUGCGCAACAUUAAAGUGCACGUCUCCUUCUGCUGUUGUUUUCCGCUCUGCAGUGAUUAAUGCAGGGUAUCGUAUAUCGGGAAGUCACGUAAAUCCCCUCGGUCUAAAAACAGAUGCUCCUAUGGAAGUCAUCUGGGAUAUUAUGCGCUGUUGGGUGAAAAAUCAUCCCAUAAAAGCUCAGCCGGAAGAUCAGCCUGGAAGUGUAAUCCUCUCCAAGGAACCUGUUUUACAGGCUAACUUUGCAAGAGCUGUGUCUUCAUUGAGCAAAGCACAAGCCAAGAAAGUUGCAAGAUUCCUCCCAAAUCCGGAGAGCCAUUGGGGGCCUAAGCUCAGGGCAGGCCGUCAGAUCACUAGCAAGCACAUCUCGCUUCUGGGUGCAGAUGCUGUCAACUCUGUAUGUAACCGCGAAGAAGAAAGCGACGAGCCAGCAAGCAAGCGUAAGAAGACAGGAGAUACUACUAUUCCUCCUAAUUUAUGAUAGAUACUAUGGGAUGUGCCCCCUUCUUUCACAUGUAGAAUGAAUGCCCUGGCCCGACUUGCUGGGAGACAUUUGACAAAGUUUCAUCUUCUACAUCUCCUUUGCAGAGAGAGCUAGCUAGCGUCGCACCGGUACAUCAAAACUCUCAUUUACCGGCAUGAAAUGGAGAAUUUACCUUCUUUAUUGAUAUAGUUGUGAGUUGAGUUCUAGUGAGGCAUGUUGCCGUUAAUUACUCUUUCUAGAGUUGGUUAUUGGUUAACAUUUGUCUUCCCUUCUACUAGGUUUUGGUUGGAACACAGACUCUUGUUUAGUCUCCCUUUUUGAACGCUUGAAAUUUUGUUAAUUUAUAUUGUUAGCAGA